AGGAAGCCUCUCCCCAUGCUUGGCUUGGCCAAGUUGCAGAAAAGGGAAGGAGAAGCUGGUGUCCCUGACUGAGCUGUCCAGGCUCCUCACACGUUUUCCUUGGGGCUGAUCUCUCCACCGUGACACCAACAUGGAUCCAGCUGUUGCCUUCCUCUUCCUCGUCUUCACCUUCCAAGCUACAAGUGAGUAAAAUCCAGGUGACUCUCUGUUAAACUCCCUCUCUCUGUGUGUGUUCCAUAAUGCAAUGCCCUUGCUGCCUCUUGCACAAGCAAGCAAUGUGUGUGGAGGUAUAGGGCUCCCUGCUUAUUUCACAUUUAUCCCCAGUUGCUCACAGAGAUGUUAGACAAUAUCCAGUCUUUAUUGCGGAAAUUUUCCAGGUUGUUUUCAGAGAGGUUAUUUGACAAUGAGCUUCAGGCAGAUUUGCUUACAGGGUGUUUAUCCGUCUUCCCAAUGGGCAUUUGUUCAUUCCACAACCAGGAAAUAGGCAAUUUCCUUUUAAAGGUGUAUUUGCUGGGUGAGGGUGAACUAUGAUAUCCCAUUUGUAUCUCACCUUUUCACUCCAAAGAGCUCAAGGCGCCCAAAAAACAAAAAACCCCAACCCCUUCUGAUGAGCACUUAACAAAAAGGACGAAAUCGUGGCUGGUUAACUGCAACCACGGAAUCAUGGGCGGGACAUUUUCUCAGAAGCGUUGAAAAUAAAUAUCUGGUUAUUAUGGGGUGCUGAAGGGCGCAAUGAGUUGUUGGCUUUUGGUUUUGGUUUUUAAGCACACGUUCUGUAGACUCAUAGAACUGUAGAGAUGGACAAGACCCGACGGGUCACCCAGUCCGGCCCCUGCAAUGCAAAGAUCACAGAAUCUGUGCCCAGAGGUGGAAUUAGGUGGGCUUGUGAGUCCAGAAGGUGCUGGGGUCCCUUUGUCACUGCAAAUCACCCUGCUAUGCAAACAGCCCCAGCCCCAGAGAAUUGUUGUAGCAGCAGACUAGAAAGGGGAGAUUUUGGGGGCGGGAGGAGAACCAGGAUUGCUGGUUCCCCAAGGUCUCAUCUCUUGCCUUUGCCUGUAGCCUGAUGGAAAAGCUGCAAAUUGGGGUUCUGGCCUUACGAUGCUCGUGCCCACUGUGUUAUCAUGAUGAUGAUGAUGAUGAUGAUGAUGAUUUUUUAUUUAUACCCCGCCCAUCUGGCUGGGUUUCCCCAGCCACUCUGGGCGGCUUCCAACAGAAUAUUAAAAUACAAUAGUCUAUUAAACAUUAAAAGCUUCCCUAAACAGGGCUGCCUUCAGAUGUCUUCUAAAAGUCUGGUAGUUGUGUUUCUCUUUGACAUCUGGUGGGAGGGCAUUCCACAGGGCGGGCGCCACCACUGAGAAGGCCCUCUGCCUGGUUCCCUGUAACUUGGCUUCUCGCAGCAAGGGAACCACCAGAAGGCCCUUGGAGCUGGACCUCAGUGUCUGGGCAGAACGAUGGGGGUGGAGACGCUCCUUCAGGUAUACUGGGCCUUUGAGGCCUUUUAGGGCUUUCAAGGUCAGCACCAACACUUUGAAUUGUGCUUCUGGCGGUUCCCUGGCUGUGAGAAGCCAAGUUACAGGGAACCAGGCAGAGGUCCUCCUUGAUGGUGGUGCCUGUCCUGUGGAAAGCCCUAAAAAUAAAUUAUUAUUAUUAUUAUUAUUAUUAUUAUUAUUAUUAUUAUUAUUGGUUCUGAGUGGCAUUUGGCCACUGCAAAGCAGGAAGGCUUCACUGGCUGGGACCCUUCUUAGGUCCUGGUGGAACCUCCAGGUCCAGAGGCAGUCUAUCAAGAUUUCUAGGUCUUAAGGGCUUUUGCAAGGCCACCGUGAGAACAGGAGGCUUGCUUUGAUGGGCCCCCUUGGGCCUGAUCCAGCUUCUGGGCUCUGGAUUCAACCUGGAUUCUGAGGAGAUGUUCCUCAUGGUUGUUUUUAGGAGUAAGAGGAACUGAUCUGGAAAGAUUUGGCAAUCGGGUUUGGGUGUGUGCCUGUAAAACAAGCAAGGUCAUCCCCAUUAAUUGCUCAAGAAGUAUUGUGUCAGCUAGUGGCAUUUUGAGAGAAGCAUAACUUGACCGGGUGGUGGGAGACAACAACACGAAGCAUCCUCUGUGGGUGUCAGACAGAUGUGAACAACAGAACAUCCCAGCGUCAGCGGCACCAGGACCUGCUAGUCCCACCUCUUGUCCCCACAGCGGCCAGAGGGCUCUAAGAACCUAGGACCAGUGCUUUUUCUGGGGGUACCCAGGGUAUACGUACCCCUAAACAUUUUGUGAAUCUUUGUGCUUUUGUCCAUUUAUUGUAUUUAUUUUUCCUGACGUGAACUUUAAAAAGGUGAUUUUCUUGAAUCAAAAUGAGAGCACCCCUAAACAUUUUUUUAGGGCGGGGGAAGCACUGCCUAGGACUCUAGAGAGACUGCUUCUGGGCCUGGGGCCAGAAGAGGUUGGCUUCUGGAUCAGGCCAAAGGGGGCGCAUCUGGUUCUCACAGUGUCCAGCCAGGAGCCCCAAACUGGGAAGCCCAGAAGCGUAACUGCAGCAACCCCCUUGCAAUUCCCAGCAGAUGAUAUUCCCAGGUAUACUGCCUCCAACAGGGGGAGGAGGAGACUAGGAGCCGUUGAUGCUCUCUGUUGGCAUGCAGCCAAGGAAAGGGGGGCAAUUGGCAGGCCCCCAGCUGGCUCCAGACGAUCUCCAGUCCUUGGUGCAGCAUCAGUGACCUGAGCUGCAGAAGCUGGGGCAGGCUACUCAGCAGAGUAAACAUUGCACAACAGAAGUGGCAGAAGUUGUGUGAGCAUAUUUGCAAACAGUUUAUUCAGCAUGCAGCAGGACAAAAGGAAAACAUGUCCAAUCUCCUUGGUGUACAAGCAAGACAGCAAAAGCAAAAGCUAUACACAUACAGAAGUUCCCAGCAAGCUGUGCUGGAGUGUAAACAGACAUGUGACAUGCAACAAUUCCACACGUCUGUUCUGAAGGUGGAACGGAAUAUCCUCACACUAUCCUCCAUUUAUGAGAGCCCUGCCUGUGUGCAGGAUUGCAGGUUAAAAGUAUAGGGACCCCUGACCAUUAGGUCCAGUCGUGACCGACUCUGGGGUUGUGGCACUCAUCUCGAUUUAUUGGCCGAGAGAGCCGGCAUACAGCUUCCGGGUCAUGUGGCCAGCAGGACUAAGCAGCUUCUGGCCAACCAGAGCGGCACAUGGAAAUGCCGUUUACCUUCCCGCUGGAGCGAUACCUAUUUAUCUACUUGCACUUUGACCUGCUUUCGAACUGCCAGGUUGGCAGGAGCAGGGACCGAGCAAUGGGAGCUCACCCCGUCGCCGAGAUUCCAACCGCCGACCUUCUGAUCGGCAAGUCCUAGGCUCUGUGGUUUAACCCACAGCGCCACCCGCGUCCCAUGUUCCCCGGACUCUCGCCUGGCGCCCUCCAGUGUCCUGGUGUCCCGCGCCACUAGCCUCAAUGGGUAAGAUGGGCCCGUCUUCAAAUAUCUCAAGGGCUGCCCCACGGAAAUCAAAGCGGGCUUGUUCUCUCCAGAAGGCAGGACCCAAACCAAGAGAUUCAAAUAGCAAGGCAGGAGACUCCAAUUAAGCAUUAGGAAGAAUUUUCUGAGGGCAGGAGCUGCCCAACAGUGGAACAAAUUCCCUCAUUGAGCUCUCCUUCCUUGGAGGUUUCUAAGCAGAGGAUGGACAGCCGUCUGUCAUCACAUGGAUGCUUUAGAUGUGAUUCCUGCUUGCUGGGAUUUGGACCAGAAGACCCUCAUAGCCCCUAUGAUUCAACCAUUCUAUGAAAGGGGUGUGAGGAGAUGGGGGACUUGGCUGUGCCCCCUGGAUUUCCCCCUAACUCCUCCCCAUUUUGAAACGGCUUAUCAGCUCAUGUGCCUCCCCCCUCAGUUGCUUUGCAAGCCUAUCUAACGUCCGACCCCCACUGCCCCCCCAAAACCCAGGUUGCUGAAACACUCUGGUCAAUGUCUCAACCUGGUUCCUGUUGAUGGCGCGUGAAUCUCAUCCUCUCCAAAUUCACUUUCUUCCCUCUUCUCUCUCUCCUCUCCAAGGCGCAGACAGUCCUGCAGCGACCCACGCUGAAUUAGGCCCCAAAUAUGUGGGGCACUCAGUCAGUCUUCCUGUUGUGAUUCCAAAAGGGACCAUUUUCUCGGGUCUCUUAUUGAGGUCUGUCGGCCCACCCAGCAAGGCCGUCGCUAUGUGGGAGCAAGGGAAGCCCAUCACGGUCCUAGACCCAAGAUAUUCCGAAAGGGUGUCUUUCCUGGAGGAGGAACCUGCCUUCCAAAUCCAUAACCUCACCUUGGAAGACGGAGGAGGCUAUGACAUUUCGACGUUCACCCAGGAAGGCUCCAAGACGCUGAACCGCUACACGCUCUUCGUCUUCCGUAAGUAACUUCUAAGAACUGCAAAUUCAAGCGCCUCCCAUGCACAUUUGAAGCACCCGCCCCCAAGAAUCCCGGGAACCACAGUUCCCCACCCAGAGAGCUACAUUGAAUGAACUACGGUUCCCAGGAUUCUUGGAGCGGGAAGUUAUGCACUCUGUACGAGUUAUAGAUGUAUUUAUUUAUUUCAUUAUUUCAUAUGUACACCACUUGAUUAUUUUUAAAAAAUGACAAGGAAAUCAAGGAAAAAUCACAGCAAUACUUUAAAACAUACAAAAGUUAAAAUACUAAAGCAGAUAGGUUCAUAAAUGUAUGGUAGGGCUGUGGCCUUAGUUCAAGGCAGAGAAUUUGAACUUAAUAGUAAAAGGGCACAGGCUGCUAUCAGCUCAAAGAAGAAUGCCUGACUGGCAUGUUCUCUCCCUCCUGCUCAUUCGUUCGGGAGCUUCAAAAGUUUUCUUCAGCCUGAACAUCACAGCGACCGAUGCCAACCAACACCGGCACACUUAGGGAUCCGCAGAGUUUGUGCAUUUCGCAUAACAGAGCUCAGCAACUCAGCAUUUUGGCUAAUCUACUUUAUUUACAUAUCAACACACACAGAGCACUGCAACAUGGCUCCCUCUCUCUCUAGCAUCAGACAGCAAAGAGAAAAGGGACAAAGGACAAUAGUCCCACUUCACGGAACACAGUAACACAAACAUCCUGUCUCCGUCACGUCCCACUCGGUGGAGUCAAAACAUACACCGUCAUGUGAAAGACAACAAUCCCAUGACUGCAAUCAUGCAGCAGGGAUCCUAACACCCCCGCAGAGCAGGCUCUCCAAGGGGGGGGGGCAUCUGGCAAGGAUGCUUUAGCAGUGAUCGCUGCAUUGCAGGAAGUUAGACUACGUGACCCUUGGAAACUCUACGAUUCUGUGACUAAUCAAAGCCGUGUCUGGCAGCUACUAAGUUCAGGAGUUUUCCAAGAAAUUGUCAGUUCCUCAAUCAAGAAGUUACACCAAACUCGAGAAGGGAAGAAAGUUGGGUGGCUGCUUUUACUUUUAAAUGUUGCAACAGCAGCUAAAAUUAUCCUUCUUCAGCAGAUCUUAUUUGCUAGAUGCAACCGUCAAACUUUGAAGCAAAGUGAGGGCAGGCACCUGAUUGCUUGCUUGGCAAGAACAUAUGUAACCUCGGCAAAGGAAAAGGGUCAAAAUAUCCUGGUUGUCAGGCUGCAGUUCAGUGGUAGAGCAGGCCCUUCAUGUCCAGACGGCCCCAGGUUCCCUCCUCCAUGGCAUCUUGGGGGGAAAGACUCCUGCCUGAAAUGUUGAAAAGUGUUGAGUGACCACUCUCAGUGAGGUGUCUUCACCCUUUCCAGACCCAGGACUUGUGAGAAUACUGUGGAUAGCAGGAGAGGAUAUAUUGGUUCUAUAUUAUCCUUCCUCACGCACGCUAGUGAGUCAGAAGCAGAGUACAUUCCCCACUAUAUAGCAGGGAGCCAGUUGGUAGAUUCAUUUGAAUCUCUGUUGUUCCUGGUAAAUUCCUGGUGUUUUGUUUUUCCUGGUAAAUUCCCCUUUUAUUCCCUCUUAAAAAGAAUAAAGACACAAGGGUCUUCCCUUAAAAGUAACAAGGUUUACUCACAUUCAGUUCACGGUAUGAUCCUGAAGGCAGGCUUUAGCUUGUAGUUACAGAUACAGAGAAAGGUGUGGAUUCAUCCUCUUGUGAGGAAUGAGCCCAUGCGCUGCUGGCUGAGAACCAGCAGACAGCAAAAGCGUCCAGAGAAGGAGAAGGGUCUCAAGGGAGCAGAUGGCUGCAGAACCGGUCCUUUUAUGGGGUCUGCCAGGGUCACGCCCAUCUACCUGUUCACACGCAGAGGGAGGAUGCUCCAGACCAGGUGUCACAGGAAGUUAUACUGGCUAGAGUAACACCCCCCUGCGCGUCCCCUCUGGGCAAACAGGAAAUGUUGAACUUGACUGCUACGGUGAUGUUACAUCCCACAGGACCCCCUUUACAGCUAACAUGCACCUGGGGACCCAUUUCCUUAAGCCUUUUACAAGACCUUGUACGACUCAUGCAACACGUUGGCGGCUAAUAUACACACAAUAAUUACCAAAAUGAUUAUGCAUUCUUUAUCAGUCUUCUGAGAAAAAUGCAAGACCUUAUGCAAAGCCACAGAGACUUGCGAACUACCCAGCCUAAGAUGAACUUAUAAUGUCUGAUUUCAAUAGAUUUUUCAAGUGCUUAGCUCAGUCUUUUGUUUUCUUUAUCUUCGCAAUACCGAGAGAUGCCAGUGAAGCUGUAGAUAGAUGUUAAUGAAGUUGCAGACAUUAACAUCUAUCUACAACUUCACUAGCAUCUCUCAGUAUUGUGAACAACACCGAACUUACCUUUUGUUGGUAUCUUCAUGAACUUACCUAAAAAGAUAAAGAAAACAAAAGACUGAGCAAAGCACUUGAAAAAUCUAUUGAAAUCAGACAUUAUAGGUUCAUCUUAGGCUGGGUAGUUCGCAAGUCUCUGUGGCUUUGCAGAAGGUCUUGUAUUUUUUUCAGAAGAUUGAUAAAGAAUGCAUAAUCAUUUUGGUAACUAUUGUGUGUAUAUUAGCAGCCAACGUAUUGCACAGUCGUACUACUCCUAUCAGCAGCACAGGUGGCAUUUUUCUAGCGUUAUUGUUUUUGCCAAACCUUGGCAGAGCCCACGCUGGAUCUGGCCACGACCUGUCUCUGAGUCCGCCACCUUCCCGGGGAGUCUGUUCCACAGUCAAGCCGCUCUUCGCACCAGGAACUUCCUAAUGUUUAGUCUGGAUCUCCUUUCCUGAGAUUUGAAUCCGUUGGUUCGGGCCCUGCCCUCUGGGGCGGCAGGUUGCAGGCUGGCUCCACCUUCCGAGAGUGGAAGAUGGCUGUGAUUUCCUGACCCUGUCCCUUGACCCUGUCUCUUGCCCACCCCUUCUCUCCCUCCCGUUUCAGACAUCAACAUCACGGGAGAAAGGUUGGCCAACAGCUCCUGCAAGCUCAGUUUGCUGUGUGAGGCUGGAGCUGGAGCCAAAGUUCGGGUGACCUACUCCUGGAAGAAUACAAAAACAGGGGACACGGCUUCUGCUGACGCCAGGCUGCAUCUCACCUUGAACCCCAAGAGCAAAGAUGACUCUUACACCUGCUCCGCGCAGGCCUUGGGGACCCAGAAAGCUUGGGAGGUCUUGCCCUAUGCUUCGUGCCCAAAAUCUGCAGCUGCAGGUGAGUAAUAUUUCGAUUUAUUUCCCGCCCGUUGCCAUCACGUCCUGCCACUCAAUAUUGCAGUGGCUCAGAAGACCAAAGACGGGCGCCGUAACCUGUGGUCAGUCAGUCCGUUUUAUUGCACAUAGCCAAAGGCUGCCACAAUGUACACUGGAUCAUUCAACAAUUAAAAGAAAAUAUGCUGGAUUAAUGCAAAAAACUUAAAACAUUUCUGUUAUCAAGACAUUACCUAUUCUAAACAGAGCUAUAAAAGUACCUUAAUUAUAUACAGGUUAAGACAUUAAACAAUAAAAAUUUAUAGACUAAAAUCACCACACAGCCACUAAUAUAUUAAAAAAUAAUGUUAAUUAAUACAAUGUGCAAUCAUAUUCGGAGUUUGGUGAUAAAGAUAGAAUAUAGCUUGAUGUAGGUAGGGUCAAAUAAAUUCAUCUCCUUUACAGUUGGUGGCUAUAUAAUUUGCUCUAAUUUUCCUAGCGGCAGUUGCAAAGAGUGCUACACGCCAGGUCACAUACUUAUCUAUGUCUGCGAGGAGAUAUAAAAUCACGUCAGAGGGGUUCUGGCCAGGGGACCUUGUCAUUAUAGGUGCUAAAAAUCGUUCUCCUGCUUCAUUAUAUAAGGGGCAGUGCAAGAGAUAAUGCAUAAGGUCCUCAGGACAUCCCCUAAUGCAAACACGUUCGUUUGUUAGUAUGCUUCUGUGUCUUCCAUCUCUAUAAGCAGAGUUUAUGUAUUUAAUUGUAAAGUCAGUUAAUUGAAAUAAGGUGUAUGUUCGUGGGCCUCUCUAAGUCUGAAAUAUAAUGAGGCGCAUGUGGAUGUGUACAUAGAGUUUAGGUCGUUUUUAGUUGCCACUGCCCUUAUGGUUCAUUAGACAAUAUUUUUCUGGGAAUAUAAGGGAAGUUCUUUGAUCUCAGUCACUGAGAGGUCCUAUCUGCCCAUCAGUUGGGCAGCGUGAUGUACCCAGUUUUUAAGGGGUAAUCCAUUCGAGACCGUAGCCUGUGAUAGAAAGGACAGGAGGUCACCUUCGAAAGGAUGUUGCAGAGUUGGGGAAAAGUUCAGAAAAGGGCAGGAAGAAGGGUCACCAGGAUGGAGCAUCUCCCCUGUGAGCAAUGGUCGCAGCGUUUGGGGCUUUUUAGAUUAGAGGAAAGGGGGGUGAAUAAAACGAGGCACAGCCUUGAGAAAGUGGUAGAGAAAAGCUUUUAUCCCUCUUUCAUAGUUGAUGGGCGUCUGAUGAGGCUGGAUGUUGGAAGAUUUAGGACAGAAAAAAGGAAGGACUUCUUCAAGCAGCGCAUUGUUAAUGUCAGUUUGCAUUUCUUAGUGCAAAAAAAUAUUGAUCUGAUGCACUGAUCUUUCCUAUUCUAUUAUAAUUCAUUCAAGAGGGCUCUGGAAGGAUCUUUGUGUGAAAGAAGCAAGCAGAAGGUUCAUGAGGUUUGGGUUAUUCCUUCAGAGAAGCUGAGCACAGCUGGCUUAGACUGGUUCUGUUAUCUCUUUCUGUCAAGGUCAUGCUGAUUAUAAUAAUAAUAAGGCCCGGAGGAGCCGGGGCUUCACUUUCUGUCUCUCUUUCCUUCUGGUGUGGUGUUCUGAACAAAGUGUUAAGGCUUAGUCUUAUUCUAAGUUACUGUCAGCUUAAGUUAAACCUGCUGCAACUGGAUUUCUUAUGGGUAGUGCCAAUCCUGAAUGUACAGUGGACUCGGGUUGCAAACGUGAUCCAUGCGGGAUGCACAUUCACAACCCACAGCAUCCGCAACCUGCAGUGCCGCGUCUGCGCAUGCGCGGGUCACGAUUCAGCGCAUGCGCAAGCGCCGAAACCUGGAAGGAACCCGUUCCGGCACUUCUGGGUUUGGCACGGUGCGCAACCCGAAAUCGCGCAACCCGAAGUGUCUGUAACCCGAGGUAUGACUGUACAGUGGUACCUUGGGUUAAGUACUUAAUUCGUUCCGGAGGUCCGUUCUUAACCUGAAACGGUACUUAACCUGAAGCACCACUUUAGCUUAUGGGGCCUCCUGCUGCUGCCACACCGCUGGAGCAAGGUUUCUGUUCUUAUCCUGAAGCAAAGUUCUUAACCUGAAGCACUGUUUCUGGGUUAGCGGAGUCUGUAACCUGAAGCGUAUGUAACCUGAAGCAUAUGUAACCCGAGGUACCACUGUAUUGGAUUUGUGACCAUUAUGCUCAUUUGCCUUCAGUAGCAGUAAAGCUCUGCUGGAUGAAAUAUGAAUUGCCUCUGGUCUAUUUUGGGGGAAUCCUGCAACGUGUUUGUUACGGAAAAAUCUAGGUGUGAGGCUGCUCCGUCCCCCAGCUGGUCGGGCAGAGCCCGCGGGUCCCUGCGGAAGAAAGGAAGGAGUCCAGCCAACCGGAGCAAAUAGCUGUAGACCAAAGUUUAUUGCGCAAUAGGUUCAAAGAGGAAUUUUGAACCCUGAGGAUGGGGUGACAAGGACUUUUAAAACUUUCCCACCAUAUCCCAGAAUACAGUUCAUACAGCAUCAUUGCUGCAUCACUGACAUGUCACCAAAGGGGAGGGCUUAACCUUGGCAAAGAUGUCCAGACAAGUCCUUGGUACAAGAUUAGCAUAAGCAGACAUGGCAGAGCAAGACUCAGGUAUAAGAUGAGCAUAGACAAAUAUGUCUUAAAUAUCCAUCACCCAAAAGUACAAUAGAAGUUCCUUUGCGUGUCUGGAGCCUGAGGCGAGUCAGGUGAUGAGAUCUGGCUUCCUUUGGCUAACAAUGAGCCCAGCAAUUGUCACCUCUGGGAACUUCCUGGAGUCCCUUUUCAAGGGGAAAAUAGCACUGGAAUGGAGGGAACUGGGAAAGGAGAUGAUUUUAUAUUAUUUUUAAAGCUAGGUAACUUUCCUGAACUGUCAAGUUGGAAGGAUACAUUCAGGCAUAAUAUUUGUAACAUUUAACUUUAAAGAUGUGCCCCCCCCGUAAUUGUAAUAAUAAUAAUAAUAAUAAUAAUAAUAAUAACAACAACUUUUUAUUUAUACCCCGCCCUCCCCAGCCAAGGCCAGGCUCAGGGCAGCUAACAAGCAAUAAUAAAAACAAGUUGAAUGAUUACAACUUAAAACAAAAUUAAAAUACAACAUUAAAAUAUUGAAACAUUAAAAUAUUAAAAUACCUCAUUAAAAUGCCUCAUCGCAGGAGGAGAAGGAAAAGUGUAACAGUGUUUAAGUUGUUACUCUGCUAACUAUCCAUUGGAAUCUGCUCUGAAUCAAUACUGAGUAGAAUUUCAGUGACAGUUAGACAGUGGAACUCUCUGCCACAGGAGGCAGAAAGGCACACCAACCUGUAAAGGAAGAUUAGACAAAUUAAUGGAGGAGAGGGCUAUCAGUGGAGGGGAGAGGGCUGCCAGCCACCAUGAGUCUGCUCUGUCUCCACCGUUGGAAGCAGCUGAACACCCGUUGCUGAAAACCACCAGAGGGGAGAGUUGCUCUGGUGCCCAGAUCCUGCUUGCAGGUUCCUGCAGGAUACUGGGCUAGAUGGGCCGUUGGCCUGAUCCUGAUUCUUAUGCCCCCCUCUCUCUGAUGGGCACCCUUUGACUCCCCCAGAAUAUUGUUCUACUACAACUUCCAUCAUCCCUGUUAACGGAGAAAUCUGAGGGCUCCCUUGGACGAAAAACCAGGACACCAGCCAGGAAGACCAGAACAAAAGAGCAGCCAGUCGGCUUGGUCUUGAUUGAAGACUGGACAGGACUCCCACCUGCCACCAGGUGGAACAAGAUGGAAGCCCCAAACAAAAGAGCCCCCAAACUUUUAUUAGCUGCUAAUCCCCAUGUCAUGCCCCCCAAACUACAUCACUCAUACAUCAUGGUUACAUCAUGAAAGGGGGGGUCUGGUGGCCGUAAUCUGAGCAUCCUGGACCCUGCCCCAUGGUUCCCCUUGCCCUCCACCAAACACCCAGUAAGUGUCACAAAGGAGAUCUUUACAUUUCCCUCUUUCCCAGCCACGUUAAUCCCACCCUUUGGUCUUCAUCUGGGUGUGUUAUUUCUGGACUGGCUACCUGUCUGGCACUCAGGUAUCAGGAGGCCAGGGAUUAUCACUCAGGCAGAGGGGCUGCUGAGGAGCUGAGCUCACAGGUCUAGAUGAAUUUCUGAAGUUUUCCCAGUGAGCCAGUGCAUAAAUACAUUGAUCAGUGAAUUCUUACAUUUGGUAUCGUGCAGCAAAGGCCCUUUGAAUGGAUAGCAAGAAACUGUGAUGAAGUGUUUUGUGGGGACAAAUCAGAAAAGUCACAAAAGUGAUGGUGCUGAUUUUGGUAGUGGGCUGCAUGUGCAUGAGAUCUGCUGGAGGGGCACCCCCCCACACACAACCUGUACAUAAAUUCCUGCAACACCCCUAAGAGGUGAGGGUGGAGAAAUUGGGGUCACUUUGCAUUAUCACUUGAAGCUGUUUAGCCCAGGAGCUGAGGUCUGGCGCAAUUCAAGUUACAAAUCACAGCCCGGGCUGCACCUCCAGAUGAGCUGAUAUGCAGACAAGCUAAAGAGAGACCAUCAAUGGCCAGAAAUAUUUCUGAGAUUUCCACAUCUCAUCAAAAUAAUAAUACUAACAAUCCUAUCCUGUUGGAGCAUCUGGAAUCCAAACUACGCAGCAAAUAUUUGAAAUAAUCAAGCUUGCCAAAUUAACAUUAUUAUUUCCCCUUUUUGGAGAAUAGCGCAUUUGUCAGCUGGGCUGAGACGAUGGCGUCAUUUCUGAAGUGCGCCGGAGCAAAUGUUCCCUCUCCAGAACCCUUUUAGCCGUUCCCCUGCAUUAUUCAUUGUAAUUCAUUAUUUGGUAUUCAUCCAUUCUUUUUGAAGUCAUUUAAGUCAUUAUUUGCCUAACCCCUGGAACACGGGGAGGCUGUUGGAGAGAGAAAGCAAAAAGGUAAUUAUAUCUGCCAUGCCAAGCAAGCAUGUAUGUGCCGUCUGGGGGCUUCUGCGAGCUUUAUUUGAAUUUAUUCAUUUCAUUUAGAACCAGCUCAUUCUGAAAGCCAUAGGUGGCCACAUCUCCCUGGGAAAGUAUUUACGGGUUGGGAUGUGGGUACCUGGAUGAAGUGCCUUUUCGCACACGUCCUCUGAGCUGAAUUCUCCGGGGGGGGGGGGGGCUUUUCCUGAUUGCCAUCCCUCUACCCUCUGAAGUUCAAUGGGCAAUUGGGUGGGAGAUAACACUGAGAUGGUCCUUUUGGGGGUGUUGUGCUCCCCCACCCCACCCCCAAAUAAUAUAUAAUAAUAAUAAUAGAUUACUUAUACCCUGCCCACUCUGUAGGGUUUCCAACAAGAGAUUAAAAAUACAUUAAAACCUCUGUCAUUAAAAACUUCCCUAAAAAGGGCUGCCUUCAGCCCUAUCUGCCUUCUAAACGUCAGAUAGUUGCUUAUUUCCUUGACAUCUGGUGGGAGGGCGUUCCACAGGGCGGGCGCCACCACCGAGAAGGCCCUCUGCCUGGUUCCCUGUAACUUGGCUUCUCGCAGGGAGGGAACUGCCAGAAGGCCCUCGGAGCUGGACCUCAGUGUCCGGGCUGGACGAUGGGGAUGGAGACGCUCCUUCAGGUAUACUGGGCCUUUGAGGCCGUUUAGGGCUUUCAAGGUCAGCACCAACACUUUGAAUUGUGCUCGGAAACGUACUGGGAGCCAAUGUAGGUCUUUCAGGACCGGUGUUACGUGGUCUCGGUGGCCACUCCCAGUCCCCAGUCUAGCUGCUGCAUUCUGGAUUAAUUGUUGUUUCCGGGUCACCUUGAAAGGUGCCCAACCCACUAAGGAGGAUAAUAACGCAAUACAGUGGUACCUCAGGUUGCAGACGUUUCAGGUUACAGACUCUGCUAACCCAGAAAUAGUACCUUGGGUUAAGAACUUUGCUUCAGGAAGAGAACAGAAAUCGUGCUCCGGCGGCACGGCAGCAGCAGGAGGCCCCAUUAGCUAAAGUGGUGCUUCAGGUUAAGAACAGUUUCAGGUUAAGAACGGACCUCCGGAACGAAUUAAGUACUUAACCUGAGGUACCACUGUACAAAACAGUGACGAUUAAUUGCACAUUUCCCCCCAAAGCCAAUUAAUUCAGCAAAAUGGAUGAAUCUGAUCCGGUGACACAGGUGUUUCCAAGUCUGAUAUUCCUUUGCGCCUCCACCUGCUCCUUCUGUUGUGGCUUCUCCAUCUAGUCCAGCCUCCUCUUCUCACAGUGGUCAGCCAGAUGCCUGUGCGAAACCCACAAGCGGGAUCUGAGUGCGAGAGCAACUCUCUCCCCUCCUGUGGUUCCCAGCCACUGCCACUCAGAACCAUCGCAGAGCCAUCGUGUCUGGCAGCCCUUGAGAGCCCUCUCCUCCUCCCUGAAUUCGUCCCAUCCUCUUUGAAAUAUACUCAGAGUCGAGAGCGGAUUUCAUGCUCUUUAGUGGUGAGGAGGAAUGGAAGCUCCCCCAGAAUGUCUGCUUUAUAUACGUAAUUUACACAAUGGGCCCCAUGCGAUUGGCUAAUUCCGGGAUUCUCCUGUAGGCCAAUCAGGUUGCGGAUUCACUUCCACCUGGAGCUGGAUUGGGUGGCUCCUGCGGACCAAUCAGACAGCUGCAUUCUGGAUCCUAUUGUGCCUUUUGGAUCCUAUUCAACUCAGUACAUAACACUCUUUUAAAGCCAUCCAGGUCAGUGGCCAUCCCUGGCGCCAUUUAAUCGGGAACAUCUCCCCCUUUUUUUUCUUUGCAGGACUUUUCGCGGCUGGCCUGUUCUUCUCCCACGUUGCCAGAGCUGUUUUGGCACCUGCCCUCAUCACUCUCUUCAUGCGCCUGUGAAUAGCCAGUGGCUCUGCAGCUGCUUCCUGAGCGAAGUGUGGAAAUCCAGCCGCCUCCUGCCGUUUUCCAGUGCUCCCACUUCUCGUCCGCCCCUUGCUCUGGUUCCCCUUUGCAGUCAAACCUCGGUUGUCAAAGGUAAUCCACUCCAGAAGGCCAUUCGACUUCCGAUUGGUCGCAGGAACUUCUUACACUCAAGUGGAAGCUGCGCCGGACGUUCAGGUUCCGAAAAAUGUUCGUAAACCAGAGCAUUUACUUUCCGGUCUUCGGCGUUCGGGAGCCGAAGCGUCCGAAAAUGGAGCCGUUCGAGAACCGAGGUUUGACUAUAUUAGAAAAUGAGAGAGAGAAGUCUGAAUUAACAUUUGCUAAUUAUUCCCCGUGAUCCAGCUGGUUCCUCCCACCAUUCCUCUGCACGCAACCAGUCCCUGGCAGGGAGGCACACCUCAGGAUCUGCCGAGAUUCCUGCACUGAAGGUCACUAGAUGACCCCUGGGUUCCCUUCCAGCUCUGCAAUUCUGUGAUUCACACAUGCUUCGGUGUUCCCAGGCAUCACGUUCCUAUUUCCCAGUGCUGAUCCUCCAAAACCACUGCCUCGAUUUUGUCCCUAAUCAAAGACCUCAGUAUAAGGAUGAUUCCUAUGUUCCUAUUUAAAUCAUCCCUUUAUUUAAAAUUCAGCCAAAUUUAAAAUGCUGUAUAAUUUGGAAUCAAUGUGAUAAUGUGAUGUGAUUGGCCUGUUAAUAAAAAUUAUUUAAAAAAAAAAUCAUCCCUUUAUGGUGAACCAUGAGGACUAGCGUCUUAUUUUUAGAGCAAAGGCUGUAGCUCAGCGGUACAACAAGCUGAAGGCUCCAUGUUAGACCCCAUCAGCAUCUCCAGCUAGGGCUGGUCUGGAACCCCAGAAAGCCAUUGCUGGUCAGGGUGGACCAACCUUCCCCAACCUGGUGCCCUCAGACUGGUGCUAAACUGCAGGCUGCUGGGAUUCUUCCUCAGGGUUCAAUCCCACGGGGUGGGGGGGCAAAGGUUGGCAGGCCCGGGUGGAAAAGAUCAGUCCAUUCCACUGUUGUAAAUAAAAUCUGCCCUUUUCCCUUAUAGAGUCCUUACGUGGGUUCCCUAUUGGCAGGAGAAAAUAACAGGCCAAGCAGAGAAUAUUGAGAAGCAAAGCAGCUAGUAAGCCUGAUCUUUAAUGAACUGUUGCAACAGGAUGCCUCCCUCACACGCAGGAAAGGAGGAGGACCCUGAACAAAGGUGUGCCCGCCCUUGUAUAGACAUUUUAAAUUGCCCGCCUUGGAGUCCAAGACCACCCCCAGACACAUCAUACCUACAUCACAGAAAAGGCGGUCUAAAACAGAAAUUUGAAUGUUGUUUACCUCCUGUCUGGCAAGUUACCUGUUAAUGCUCACUUGAUUGGAUACCCUGGGAAGCCUGGCCAGUCUUUUGUAAUGACAAAUACUUAGUUCCUGAGCCAGGUCACAGCUCACACCCUAUUCAUAUCUUAAAUGUGCCCUUAAGACAGGAUUUGUGAAGGAAAAAACAAUGGGGAGGCUUUUUCCAUUUUCCUUUGACCUUGCAGAGAAAACAUUUGGUCAGUUUGGGACAGUUUGGGAAUAAAAAAUGGUUCCAGGUUGGUCUUCCUGUGCUGAUCUAUGUACGUGCUUGGUACACUUAUGAACAUUGAACAUAUCUCUAAGACCUCAGAAUUCCUAUCACAGGUCCAAGGGUUGGCAGGCUGGGCAUCCUACGAGGACCCACAUCCCUGCAGUUGGCAUGGGUGGAAACAAUCAGUCCAUUCCACUCUUCUCAGUGUCUUCAGUCUUAAAUUCAGUUCUCUGCUUUCCUUGCAGCAAUUUGCCAUUUUAUUUUAUUUCUUCAAAAUCCUCAUGGAAAUUGGCCUGCCUUUUAAUGUUAAUUCUUCCUUAAUGGAGGGUGUAUUAAACUAAAAUACCUGGGUUGGGGGUGGAGGAUACCCAACCCCCCCCCCAGGCAUUCUUGCAUGUUAUUUCCCUGCUACAAUAUGUUAACAUGAAAUAACCCUUUCCCUUAAUAGAUGCUUCUUCUGUGGGUGUUUUUUUUGGAGGGGGUGUAAAAUAUUCUUCAGUUGGAGAACUUCAUUGCAAAAUUCAGAUCAGUUUGGGUUUCGAAAGAUGGGUGUGUUUUGGUUCUUGCACAAUUUCAGAGUGUGCUAAUUUCACCAAUUUGACUUUUCCUUGCUGCUUCUCUGUCCAGCAAGCAAGUGGGGGCAGCAAGAAUAAGGAAAACAAGGAGGGGCCGCAAAUAGCAUCGGGGGGGGGGAGGUAGGAUCACCAAAAGCCCUGCAAAUCCCUGGCGCUGGCCCUAUACAGCCCAUUUGGCAGUUUCCUGGCAGGUCGCCAUCUUUGCAUGCGGAAGGUUCCAGGUUCGAUCCCCGGCGACAUCUCAAACCUCAGAGAGCCGCCGCUGGCCAGCACAGUCCAGACUUCCCCAACGUGGUGCCCCUAGGAUGCUCCUCAACUCCGCAGAUCCCGUCAGCCCCAGCCAGCUCAGCCGACAGCAGAGGGCGAUGGAGAUGGUAGCCAGAAACAUCUGGAUGGAACAAGAAUCUGGAAUCCUUUCGUUGCGACGCCUGCAUCGCGGGGGGUUGGGCUAGAUGACCUUUGGGGAGUCCCUUCCAGCUCUAAGAUUCUGAGAUGUGGCGAGGGAGCUUGAGGGGCACCUCUUCUUAGGUUUCCCUAAGGGAUUUCAUCCACAACCCAGCAGUAUGUGAAUGUGGGGGGUGUUGCAGGAAUUUAUGUAUAGGUUGGGGGGGGUUGCCCCUCCAGCAGAUCUCAUGCACAUGCAGCCCACUACCAAAACCAGCACAAUCAUUUUUGUGAUUUGUCCCCACAAAACACUUCAUCACAGUUUCUUCCUAUCUAUUCAAAGGGCCUUUGCUGCAUGAUACCAAAUGUGAUAAUUCACUGAUCAAUGUAUUUAUGCACUGGCUCACUGGGAAAAUUUCAGAAAUCCGUAUAGACAUGUGAGCUCAGCUACUCAGCAGCCCCUCUGCCUGAGUGAUAAUCCCUGGCCUCCUGAUACCUGAGUGCCAGACAGGUAGCCAUUCCAUAAAUAACAAACCCAGAUGAAGACAAAAGGGUGGGAUGAACUGGGCUGGGAAACAGGGAAAUGUAAAGAUCUCUUUUCUUACACUUGAUGGGUGUUUGGUGGAGGGCAAGGGGAACCAAGGGGCAGGGUCCAGGAUGCUCAGAUUACGGCCACCAGACCUCCCCUUUCAUGAUGUAACUGUGAUGUAUUACUGAUGUAGUUUGGGGGGGUGUAACAUGGGGAUUAGCAGCUAAUAAAAGUUUGGGUUCUCUGUUGUUGGGGGCUUCCAUCUUGUUCCACCUUGUGGCAGGUGGGAGUCCUGUCCAGUCUUCAAUAAAGACCAAGCCUACUGGCUGCUCUGGU